AUGAUUUUCAGAUAAGGGUUAUCUCCCUUCUUUGUAGAAUCGUAGUUUUUAUGUUAUUAAAUUUCAUUAUAUUUUUUACAUUUUGUGAAAAUACGGUAAUGAAAAGCUAUCAGUGUAUUCAGUGUGGUUGGGAUGCUAAAGAAUUAUAUAGAGAUUUUAAAGGUGGAAUAAUUAAAAUAGCUCACUGUGUUCACUGCCAUGAAGUUGUAGACAAAUAUACUGAAUAUGAGCCAGUCAUUGUAUUUCUCGAUGCUCUUCUCUUAAAGACCCCAGCGUACAGACACAUUCUGGUCAACACGGAUUAUAAGUCUCCAUGGAAACUAGUGAUUAUUCUGCUGUUCUGUGAUGCAUUUACGAAGCUUGUUGAACAGCGAUCUGCUCGCUCAUCUCGUGUGGGCCGUCUCGAACCAGACUAUGUUUUCUACUCCGCAUUGGAAUGGGAUCUCUACUGGAACAUCUUCAUGGCUUCAGCCGAACUGCUUGUUUUUCUUGGUGUUGUAAUUUUACUUUGGAUUGUUUGGAUGAAAAGAAAACGAAAAUCUACAACAUUACAUGAAUACCAGAUGGUUGUGAGAGCUCUAGUAAUGUCUGAUUUUGGCAAGAUUCUCCUCAUCCCAGUGAUGCUGUGGGGUCAGACAUACAGUGUAUUCUAUAUAUGGAUCUGCCAUGUUUUUGUCUUGGCGUCAAAUAUCCAGGCUUUAAAAGUUGUGUCCAUCGACUGCAGUCUCCAGUUUUCAUUCAUACUGGUGUGUUUGGGUUACACAGCCCAGUGGUUUGUCGUAUCAUGGCUGCCUGCUCAUUGGACUGAUGUAUCAUCAUCUGUCUUACCAUUCAGCUGAAACACACUUUCUCAACUUGUACUGAUGCAAAGGGUUUUAUACAAGCAGCAGCCAUUGUAGCCGAGCAAAAAGCAAGUAUGGAUUCUCAAAAUGAAGUAAAAGAAUAUGUGUGUUAUCCAGGCCUGUGGGAAAGAUCCCUUGCUGCUAAUGGAAAAAUGUUGCACUUGCCCUCGGAAGAUUACAUGACAAAAUUACCAAAUGUUUGACAUCCAAUAGCCGAUAAUGUGCUCUAGUGGUGUAAUAAACAAAUAAACUUUGAUUUACCUGGAUUUACCUGGAUUUACCUGUAUUUACCUGGAUUUACCUGUAUUUGGGACAUAACUGUUUCUGUUGUGUAUUUGGUGCCAUGUGCAAGAAAUUCCAUGUAAAAGAUUCUUGCUGUGCUAUUUUUUGGAACGUGCUGGCCUCGGUGGUCUAGUGGUUAAUGUAUCAGCUAUAUAUAUAUAUAUAUUAGGCUGUAAAUUACUGGAUGCACAUCUUAGUACCAGCUCCUACCCAGAGUUUUAAUCCACGGCAUGGUGAGGUGGUGAGAGGCCACUACACCGAUUACUGGACCUGUCCAAAUAGCCGAGUGUGUAUGCAGGACAAUGUGUUUAAAUCUUGAUUAGAUAUUAGCACGGAAACUGUGGAAUGAUCACCAGCAGUGGGUUUUACCUUCAAUCAUUGGCAGAACCAGAGAUGGGUCAUAAGAGUCCUGUGAACCCCCGACAAACCUAUUUAAGUGCCUUUUUUAAUUAUAAAGUUACUGAAAUUCUAAGCAUCUUUAUUUAAAACAUUUCCAAGGAGACCCACCCCCUACAAAUCUCGCUCUUGAACGCUUGACUUAUUUGCCUUCAGCAAACUCUAAUUGCCCUUUUUAGAAUUUUAUGACCCUUUACAAAAUCAUAGAUCACACACAUGCAUGCACGUACAUGCACACUCACUAAUACUGUAAAGUAACACAAAUGUUACGUCCUAAUACUAAUAAACAAUGAGCUCAGGUUUUAUAAACCAAACAUUCCUUUCUUUACAUUUACUUGUAAUGGGAAAAUAAAAGACUUAAGACAUU